UAGCACACAGCGCCUUCUUCUUGCGAUAGAUGAUUCGUAAAGAAUCAGUAGAAGCUUCCUAUCGUCGUCACAACAGCGCAACUGCUAAAGUUACAAAGUCUUUGGAAGUAAUCAAGUGUCUAUAAAAGCAUAGUGAUAUAAAAUGAAGGAGAUGUUAAUCGCGCUUUGCGCGAUUUUAGCUGUAUCCACAGCUAAAUCAAUUAUUACAGCAGAAAGUGCGCCCUAUCUUUUGGGAGCUAAAGAAUGUACAUGGGGUCCAUCUUAUUGGUGUCAUAAUAUAACAACUUCUGCAAAUUGCAAUGCCACCCAUCAUUGUAUUAAAAAGGUUUGGGAGAAAAUGGAAGUACCAGAAGAUAAUGAUACAGUUUGUGGAGUAUGUAAAGAUAUGGUGCAACAGGCACGAGAUCAACUGGAAAGUAAUCAGACUCAACAAGAUUUGAAAGCAGUCUUUGAAGGCAGUUGCAAGUUGAUUCAUAUUAAUCCAAUAGUAGAGGAAUGUGUAAAACUUGUUGAUCAAUUCAUUCCUGAACUUGUGGAAACUUUGGCUUCUCAAAUGAAUCCAUCUGUAGUAUGUUCUGUAGCAGGUCUCUGUAAUUCAGCACAUAUUGAUAUAUUACUGAGUAAAUUUAAAGAACAAACAUCAGAGAAUAAGAAAAUAAAAUCCAUUUCAUUGGAGAAAGAUGAACUUGAACCUGAUGAAUGUUCUAAAUGUUUUACGAUUGCAACACACAUGGAAUAUAAUUUAAAAGAUAUAUCAAAGGACAAAAUGUUGCAACAGAUGCUCGAUAUUUGUGGAAAUUUCAGCUCAUUUUCAGAUGCUUGCUCAUCCAUAAUUCUGACAUACUUUGAUACGAUUUACUCUCAUCUUCAAGACAACUUCAAUGCACAGAAUAUAUGUCAUUUAUCAGGCCAGUGUAGUGAUAAGUUCCACAAACAUGAAGAUGGAACUGUAAAGCCUAUAAAUGUAGAAAUAAGGCCACUUUCCAGUGUUGGUAUGGUUGAAGUUGAUGAUGAUCUUCCAUGCAAACUAUGUGAACAGCUUGUAGGUCAUUUAAAAGAUUUGUUAGUAGCAAACACUACUGAAGCUGAAUUUCAUUUAGUGCUUCAAGGUCUUUGUAAACAAACGAAAUCUUUUGCUACUGAAUGCAAGGCAAUUGUUGAUGAAUAUUACCCAGAAAUAUACACAUAUCUCACAACAAAGUUAAAUGGCAACGUUGUAUGUCAAAUGUCUGGAAUUUGCCCCAGUCCAGGAAAAAGAAUAACUGGUUCAAUUGCACCUCUGAUUCCUAUAAAAGCUGCAGAAAUUGGUCUACAUAUUUUAGAUAAGAAAAUUGAUACAGAAAUUGAUAAUAAACAUCGUAACACAGAAAUAGAAGAAAUGCAAUUACCAAUAGAAAGAUAUGGUCUUUCUUUAACUGGACCAAGAACAUCAACAGGUAUUGACAGCAAAGAAGGGUGUGCAUUAUGUGAAUAUGUGUUGCAUUAUGUACAAAUCGCUAUUACGGAUCCUACUAAUGAGGAAAAAGUAAAACAAAUUAUUGGAAAAAUAUGUAAGAAAUUACCAAACAGUGUUGAAAGUGAGUGUGAACAAUUUAUUAAUACUUAUGGAGAUGCAGUUGUAGCUCUUUUAGCUCAAGAGAUCGAUCCAUCUCAGGUAUGUCCAAUGAUACAUAUAUGCCCAUCAGAAGAGCUGAUAGAACUUUGGAAUAAAGCUCCUAAAGGCUACAUAAUUGAAAGACAUGAUAAACCAAGUUGCCCAUUAUGUUUACUAGCUCUAACACAAAUCUAUAAUGCUAUUAAGGACAACAAAACAGAAGUUAAAAUAAAAGAUGAACUUGAUAAAUUAUGCAGUCAUUUGCCAAACUCUUUGAUCGAUCAGUGUACAGAUUUUGUGAAAGAGUAUAGUAAGGAACUAGUGGAAAUGUUACUUGCUGAUCUUACACCAAAAGAAAUUUGUGUUUAUAUCAAGUUGUGCAAUCCGGAGGAAGAUCCAGGACCAAGAAACUUAUUCUUAACUGAUAAAGAUGGUGAAAUAAUGACUAAUGAGAUACCUGACUUUUUGCCACUACAACCAAGUAUUAAAAAUAAAGUAAAAGAUAGUACGACUUGCGUUAUAUGUGAAUUUGUGAUGCAAUAUAUUGAUAAAGAAAUGACCAAGAAAAAAAACAGAGAUGAAAUCGAAAAUAUCGUUUAUGGUAUUUGCAAACAUCUUCCAAAGACAAUUUCUAAGGAAUGUAAUAAUUUCGUUAGUCAAUAUGCCGAUGCUGUAAUACAAAUUCUUUCGGAGGAUGUUACACCAAAAGAAGUUUGUACGAUGAUUGGUUUCUGUACAGUUGAUACGAAAAAGAUAAAAGAAUCUAUGGAAGAAUGCGCUUUAUGUCAAUUGGUUAUAUCGACAAUCGAUAAACUUCUGGAUAAUCCUAAAGUAGAUAGCGAUAUCGAAGAGGUCGUAUCGAAAAUUUGCAAAUAUAUGCCAGCAAACAAACAAAAUAAAUGCGUUAUGAUGAUGGAGGUAUACGAACAAAGUAUAAUAAACAUAAUUAAAUCACAUGGUGACGUUAAGAAAAUAUGUAGUAAAAUUGUACUGUGUUCGAAGAAUGAUUAUCUCGCUAUGAUGUUAAUGCCUGCACGUAUCAAACCAUCCGAUAUGACAAAUGAAAAAUGUAAAUGGGGUCAGAAUUAUUGGUGUAAGAAUUAUGAGAAUGCCGUCAAAUGCAAGGCUGUAGAGUAUUGUAGGAAGAAUAUAUGGAAAGAUUUUGCAAUUGGACAAAAAUAAUCCAUGAUUCCAAUAUCAUCUGGAAAUUAAAUCCGCAUAAGCAGCAAUACAUCAUGGUGUUUCUUUAGAUAAGAAGCCAGUUAUUAUAAUAAUAUGUUAAUAAUAUAUGUUCGUGGCAAUUUAUUUUAAACAAAAAAAUAAAUAAAUAAAUAAAUACAUAAAAAUAAGUAGAUUGUCAAGGAUAUAGCGAAUGAAAAGAUCUUCCAAGAUUAUUAUUCGCAACUAAAAUUUGUUUAUAUAGUUUUUUGUGAAUGUAAGAAGAUAACUAUAUGUCAUUAUUAAUAUUGCUGCAAAUAAAUUGCUUUAGCUUUUAUAAAAUUUGAGUCUUGUAAUAAUUAUUAUUAUAAUGAAAAGAUUUUAAUCUCACAUUUCUUAGUUCUUUAAAAAUGAGAUUAAAUAAGUGUAUUUUAUUUACGCAAAGUUAUGCGAUUUAUUCUAAAAUAAAUGUUUGCACUAGUUUAAAAUUCAUUGUGAUAAUUAUAUUUCAAAAUAAAGCUUCUGUCUCGAUACUUAAAUAACAUCGAUGAUUAAUAAUAAUUAUAAUCUAAUAUGUUAAGUUUCGAUAUUUUGUAAAGUAUAUAAUCUGUAAUCAAAUAUUAUACAUCAAUGACAUGUAACUCUAUUAUCAAUAUAAAAUGUAAUAAUAUUUCCUUUCUGCUUUAAGAACAGUUUAGUAAUGAUAACACUGAUAUUUUAAGUUAUCAUAAUUUAUAUUUUAUUAUUGUCUUCUUAUCAAUAGUAUGUAGAUACAUGAAGAAAAUCACAUUAUAUACGUCAUCUUAUGUUAUCAUUUUUUAAAUGGAAAUACGUUAGAAGUUUUAAAAAAUUAAAAAGCUUAGACAUUUUACUAAUUAUUAUUAUUGUUUUUUCUUCGAUACUAAUAGUAUGUACACAAUAUAAAAUACGUAGAAAAUAUAGUUUUAUCUUAAAUAUACAUUAUCUUUGAUAAAAUGUUUCGAGAGAUUAACAUCUUAGGCUGCAAAAAGAAUGGUAACAAAUAGCAAGUCGACUUUUAAUGUCAAUAAAAAAAAUAUUGAUAUAUAUAUAUAUGUAUGUAUAUAUGUAUAUAUAUGUAUGUAUGUAUGUAUAUAUGUAUAUGUAUGUAUGUAUGUAUAUAUAUAUAUAUAUAUAAACGAUUUAUUAUUUAAUAUCGAGUUGGAAAUCUUGCUAAUUUUUUCCAUUCUGUUUACAGUCUUUAACUCUUACAAACGUACUGUGCGUUUAAAAUAAGAAUUAUCACAAGCCCUUUUGAUACUUCACUUUAUUCGUGAAUAUAUUAUGGACUCAUUAAUAAUUUUCUUCUAAUCGUAUUUACUACGUUGAAACUAAAAAUUAAAAAACCAAUAUAAAAACAAUAUUAUUAUUGUCCGAUAAUAUUAUUUAAAAAUUUUAGCAAACAAAUAAAAUUUCAAACCUGUGCCUAUCACGUUUCAUAAUGAGUUGCAUUUCAUGUCGCCAACGAUAAAUGUUUGGAUAUGUAUCAGGAUCAAUAGAAGGCGAAACAGCAUUGUAUACAGCAUAAUCAAUUCUUGUUGGUAUGUCACUAAAAAAAUGUGAUGCAUAUUAGUUUACCAUUUCUAAUAGAUUAAUAACUGUAUAUAAUUAUAAAUUAGAUUAUAGAACAUUUUCAAAAAUAUUACUGACUUUUCAAUAAACAAUGUACAGCCUUCUUCUGCAGUAUACAUAUCAUCUUCCGAAUCAGAAUGUAUCAAUGGUGGAGUAGAUGGUGGAGUAAAAAAUUCAUCUAUAAAUCAUGAGUAGUAAUAAAUAAUUAAUCGUAAUGAAUAAAUAAACAUAUACACGCACAAUA